AUGCGGUUCGCGGUGAUACUAACCAACUGGACGCUGGUCCAGAGCCGAGCCCAGGCCCGGCCCUCAAGACCCGCUCCCCGGAGACUACACCCCUCCAGCGGGCGGCGGCGCCUCCCCAGUCUCUCCACGCGCCGUCAGUCUUUCUCCGUCUCAGACCGGGUGGCAGAGUCAGGUGGGUCGGCACAGCCGGACGCCGGCGCAGGGAGCUGUCCGCAGCUUGGUGCUGAACGGAGACGUCGAGGCGACGCCGCAAGGCCCCGGUACGGUAACCUGGGGAGGGAACUUGCGUCUAAGAAGUCUCUGGGGCCCCGCGGCCAGGCUGCCGGGAACGCCCUAGAGGCCGGCCCCGAGGCCUUGUUGGCCCUCGCAGCCUGGGCGAUCCGUUCCCGCACCCGCAGGCUUUUCCCAGGGUCCCUGCGAGCCCGCGGAGAAGAGAAAAGCGAGAGGCAAGAAGGGGAGACAAGCCCCAGAGGAGCCGGAAUGCAGGAGGGGAGAGGGCCGGCAACCCGGAGCGAGAGGGAAAACGAGGGGCGGGGGCAGGGCGACCCCGCGCCGCUGGCCGCGGAAGAUUUAUGGCGCCGCCCGGGCUCCAAGGACAGGCUUCGCUCGCCGUUGCUGCCACCGUCGCCGCUGGUAACCCUGCUGGCUCCCCAGGACCACUUUCAGGCUGCACUGCCCUGGCCUGAAAGCCUGGCUCGAUCCUGGCCCCUUGGCGGGGAGCGCUGGGCCCUCCCCACUUCGUUCCUGGGGACAAACUUCGCGGCCCCGGGCCCUUCCUCUCUCCUGGCCCCUUUGGCGAGCGUGGGCCGCAGGUGCCGGGGGCAGGGCGCAGGUGUGCGGCAGCUUACCUGGGGCGCGCAGGCCCGGGGGUGCGUGGAGGCGGCAGGCGCGGCGCGUGGCCCGCGGGCUAGCGGACCCCGGGAGGGCGCGAGCGACUGCGCGGGCGGCUUCGUCCUCCGCUCUGGGCCCGUCCGGGGCCGCGGGGGCAGCGGCGCAGGGCACACUUCUCCGCGCCCGGGGCCUUUGCGCCCCGCGCCUGCUGAGAGCGGGCGCCGCGCGGGAGGGGCCGGCGGGGCCGCGGGUGUGAGCGCCGGGAGCCCGGGAGCGCGGCUGUGCGCGCGCGCGGGGAGGGGCCGCGCCGUCACCCGGAGAGCCCGACGGAUCCCGGACUCCCGCCCGCCGCUCCGCCCGCCGCGCACCUCGGCUCACCGCUCGCCCGGCUCCAGCCGCCGCCGCACGUUCCGAUUUGGGUUCUUGUGGCUGUUUGUUUUUAUUAUUAUACCUAAAGACUCCAUCGCCUCACUCCCACCGCUGCCCGCCUCCCGCCUCAUCGCCCUCUCCAAGCUCACCCCUCAAGCCCCAGGAACCGGCGAGGACUCCCCGAGCCGCCCUGGCCGCUGCUCCUUGUCGCUGCCCAGGAUUCCACUCAGUACAUAUGAGCUGGGACAGCCCGACAUGAAGGAUACUCAGAGAGGAGACACCCCUCAAAAGAGGAAGCCCAGAGCCUGGAGAGUGCAUUUGGCCUGAGGGGGAGAGGCAUAUCUGAAGGAGGAAACCUUAGGAAGUGGGCAGUUAGAAGCAAAGGAGAAGUGGCUCCUGAGAAACUUCCUUGAGAACCUCUCCGUCCCACGCGCUGACCCGGAUGGAAACCAGCUUUGGAGCGGCGGCAUGGAGACUCUCACCACUCAGCUGGGGCCGGGGCGCGAGGGCAACUCCUCGCCCAACUCGAAGCAGGAGCUGCAGCCCUACUCGGGCUCCAGCGCUCUCAAACCCAACCAGGUGGGCGAGACGUCGCUGUAUGGGGUGCCUAUAGUGUCUCUGGUCAUCGACGGCCAGGAGCGCCUGUGCUUGGCGCAGAUCUCCAACACCCUCCUCAAGAACUACAGCUACAAUGAGAUCCAUAAUCGCCGCGUGGCCCUGGGCAUCACGUGCGUGCAAUGCACGCCGGUGCAGCUGGAGAUUCUGCGUCGGGCCGGGGCCAUGCCCAUAUCGUCGCGCCGCUGCGGCAUGAUCACGAAGCGCGAGGCCGAACGCCUGUGCAAGUCGUUCCUGGGCGAGCACAAGCCACCCAAGCUGCCCGAGAACUUCGCCUUCGAUGUGGUGCACGAGUGCGCGUGGGGCUCGCGUGGCAGCUUCAUCCCCGCGCGUUACAACAGCUCGCGUGCCAAGUGCAUCAAGUGCGGCUAUUGCAGCAUGUACUUCUCGCCGAACAAGUUCAUCUUCCACUCGCACCGCACACCAGACGCCAAGUAUACGCAGCCUGACGCCGCCAACUUCAACUCGUGGCGCCGUCACCUCAAACUCAGUGACAAGUCAGCCACAGACGAAUUAAGCCACGCUUGGGAGGACCGAGGACUUGGUCUGGCAGCGGGAGCCGGCGGCCCUACGGGCCCUGGAGGGCCUGGUGGCGGCGCCGGCGUACGCAGCUACCCGGUGAUCCCAGUACCCAGCAAGGGCUUUGGCCUUUUGCAGAAGCUGCCCCCGCCGCUUUUCCCUCAUCCCUACGGCUUCCCCACGGCCUUCGGCCUCUGCCCCAAAAAGGACGACUCCGUACUAGGUGCGGGCGAACCCAAGGGCGGCUCCUACGUGUCGGCCUUCCGGCCUGUGGUCAAGGACGCCGAGAGCAUUGCCAAGCUCUACGGUAGCGCCCGCGACGCGUACGGCGCGGGGCCCGCUCGUGGGCCGGGGCCGGGCGCGGGGUCGGGCGGCGGGUAUGUGAGCCCGGACUUUCUGAGCGAGGGCAGCUCCAGCUACCACUCCGCCUCGCCCGACGUGGACACUGCCGACGAGCCCGAGGUAGACGUGGAGUCCAACCGCUUCCCCGACGACGAGGGCGCCCUGGACGGGACCGAGCCCGGUGGUGCCGGCGCGCCCAGCACGGGAGGCGGCCCGGACGCCGGCCGGUCCGCAUUUGGGGACCUGGCGGCCGACGACGUGGUGCGGAGACCUGAGAGGAGCUCGCCCAGCAGCGGCUAUGAGCUGCGAGAGCCUUGCGGGCCGCUGGGGGUCCCUGCGCCGGCCAAGGUGUAUGCGCCCGAGCGGGACGAGCACGUGAAGAGCGCGGCGGCGGCGCUGGUGCCCGCAGCCUCCUACCUCUGCACCCCCGAGGCCCACGAGCCAGAAAAGGAAGACAAUCACUCGACCGCCGACGAUUUGGAAACGAGGAAAUCCUAUCCAGACCAAAGGAGCAUCUCCCAGCCAAGUCCCGCAACUACAGACCGAGGUGAAGAUGGGCUCACUCUGGAUGUCACAGGAACUCAGCUAGUGGAGAAAGACAUCGAGAACCUGGCCAGAGACGAAUUGCAAAAACUGCUCCUGGAGCAAAUGGAGCUCCGCAAGAAGCUAGAGCGAGAAUUUCAGAGUCUUAAAGAUAAUUUUCAGGAUCAAAUGAAGAGGGAAUUGGCUUAUCGAGAAGAAAUGGUGCAACAGCUGCAAAUUGUCAGAGACACCCUGUGUAACGAACUCGACCAGGAGCGGAAGGCGCGCUAUGCCAUCCAGCAGAAAUUAAAAGAAGCCCACGACGCCCUGCACCACUUCUCCUGCAAGAUGCUGACGCCCCGCCACUGCUCUGGCAACUGCUCCUUCAAGCCCCCGCUGUUACCCUAGGGCCGGGCCGGCCUCCCCACGAGCCCUCAAGCCAUGCUGCUCUCUUCUUGUAAAUACCCGCGGCCGCGGCGGCCGAGAGCGAGGAACAAGCCAUUCGGACCGAUGUAAAUACAGCCUCCCGCCCGCCUGCCCUCCUCCGGGGCGCCUCGGCCUUGCCCGCCCCCUCCCGGGCGCCCUGGCCCAGGAGCCCGUCUCUGUUUCCAAGUGUAAAUACUACCUGGCCCCACGGUUAAACUCCAGGGCAUCGGACCUCAUGGGGUUAACUGGACCGAAGGGAGUAAGAAAGGGGAGAAGGGGGCCUCUCCCCACCCCGGUACAGCCUCGGACCCCGAAUUGUGAUUACAAUGUAGCAACUCCGCUGGCGCUGGCCCUGCGCUCCCGUGUCCCGUCCACUUCUGAAACUUGGUCCUGAUGACAAAGUGGCUAUGUGCAAUGGAUAUAAAUGUACUGUGAGUCUCUUGCUUCAGUAGUGGGUUCACUUAUUUAUUUAUACAGUAAGUUAUUUUGCUUCCUUCUCCUGGACCUACUCCAGUCCCGUUUUGCAUUCCCCUUUGGGUUU